AUGACUCGUGACCGCAGGUGUGAGUUGAGAGCCAUUGUGGUGAGGAGUGAGGUGAUCCUGUCCGUCUACAUCAUUACCUUCCUGAUGUGCCUGCCUGGCAACAUCCCGGCACUCUACGCCUUCAAUACCAUCAAGAUCCACAAAAAGCCCACUCCUACAGACAUCCUCCUGCUCAACCUGAUCGUGUCCGAGCUUAUCUUCCUAAUCUUCCUGCCCCUCAAGAUGCACGAGGCAGCCUUUGGCAUGGUCUGGACACUCCCUAGCCCUCUCUGCAACAUUACCUCUUUUGUCUUCUUCUCCUUCAUCUACACCAGCUCCCUCCUGCUGAUGGUGGUCAAUGUUGACCGCUACCUGUGUGUGGCCUUCCCUGUCCAGUACAGGCUCCGCCGCAAGCCCUUGUACGUAGUGGUGAGCAGCCUGGUGGUGUGGGUCUUCAGCUCGGUCAACAUCGUGGAGAACCAGACCUCAUCUGAUUUCUAUGCCUGCUAUGAGAACUUCACCCAGGAGCAGCUGAGGGUGGUGCUUCCCAUGCGCUUGGAGCUGUGUGUGGUUCUAUACAUCGUGCCACUGCUGGCUUGUGUGUUCUGCUACCUGAAAUUCAUCCUCAUCCUCAAUAGGACCCCUAACCUUUGUGCAGAGAAAAGGAAGAGAGCCGUUGGAAUGGCUAUAGGGACUAUACUUGUUUUUGUUGUCUGCUUCCUGCCCUAUAACGUCACCCAUGUACAGGGGUUCGUCAUCCAAGACAACGUGGAGUGGCGGCUCUACGCUCUGCUCCUGACCACGGUCAACACCGUCCUGGAUCCUAUGACAUUCUACUUCUCCUCCUCCAUGUUCCAGGCCACCAUGAAGAGGAUCCUGACUGGGAAGCGAAUGAACAGCUCCCCUGGCGUCUUCAUGACAGCUCAAAACAACACUAGAGACAUAGAGGGACAAAGUAACCCACCCACAACUGAGGGAGCUUUGUCUGACCACUGA